AUGCUUGCUUCCACAAAAUUCAUCACAUGCCACUCUUCUGGUCUUUUCUCCAAAAAAAAGAGAGAGUGAUGGAAUUGGCAACACCACCACCCCUCCUUGAAUAAAAUAUGACCAAGUCACCACCUUUUCACCAGACACAGCCACAGAGAGCAAAAAGCCAAAAGCAAAUGUGGCCACAAUACAAAUUCUUAUUAGCUGUGAGAAUCUCUCAGGCACUUCCUCAAGCACUUGCAGGUUGUAGUCUCCUCCUUAUAAUUCCCUCUGCGGCAUUUCCUCAAACACCUGCAGAGCUGCAGUCUCCUUCUUAUAAUUCUCUUUCAGGCAUUUCCUUAUACACUUACAGAUUGCAGACCGUUCCCUUCGUAUAAUUCCCUCUCAGGCACUUCAUCGAACAUUUGUCUUACCAAUUUCGCCAUGGGCUUCCCGGUCGGCUACUCGGAGCUCCCCAAGCUGCUGCUCCACCUGCUGUUCUUGCUGACGCACCUUCGGAAGCUCAUCAACUGGGCCUGCCGCUGCCUCGGCCUCGGUGGCGACCUCUCAGACGGCGAUGUCCAGAGGGAAGGUCUCUGUUUGCUGCCACUGGUGCUGGCCGAGGUCAUCGAGGAGGCCUCCCCGGCGACCCGGUUCGAACAACUCCCAGAGGCAGCAGAGAGCUGCUGCGCUGUCUGCCUGUACGAGUUCGAGCCGGAGGACGAGGUUCGGCGGAUGAGCAACUGCAGCCACAUCUUCCACCGUCAAUGCGUCGACCGGUGGAUCCAGCACCGGCAGCGUACCUGCCCCCUCUGCCGCGUCCCGCUCAUUCCCCUCCACCCGGCCCCCGCCACGCCCGAGGACGACGAAGACUACUACUACUCGUACUCGCUGCGCCCGCUAGGGUUCCCCUCAGCCUAGGAUAUCCGUAUGGAACAUAAGAUUUCUGAUCCGCCUCGUUUUUUUUAGCUUGGAUCGUAGAUUUGGUCGGCGACAAAUCAAGCGCUGGUUUUGGAUUGGCGAUUGCCGAUUGGAUUCUUGGUGGGCGGAUCGAAGCGAGAAUGGAUCGAAGAUUGAGGAGUGUUUGACUUUCAGGAUGCAGAUUUCGAAGGGAAGAGUCUGCGAUCGGAAUUGUGGAGUGAGACUGAUUCAAAAUCCCAAUGUUGUGGGUUUGAAUCUUCUUCUUCUUCUUCUUCUUCAACAACUUCUUCUUCUUCUUCUUCUUCAACUUCUUCUUCUUCCGUGCUGCUGCUGACGACGACAUGGCCGGCAAAAUUUUUGUUGCCGACUGCUCUGUAACUUGUAAGCUUCUAAAUAGAUCAUGUAAACAUGUUUUUUGUUUUUGUUUUUGAUUUUGUUUUUAUUUUUAUUUUGUUUUGUUUUUGUUUUGUUUUUGUUAUUUUGCUUUAAUGAGACUAAGAAUGGUGUUAUUUGUGUAUUUAUAUGAUAUUUAUAUUACUUAGUGA